AAUUGAAUUUGAACUUGUCAUAUGUCACACUAGUUGCGGCUAAACAAAACUUUCAGUGAUAUAUAAAUAUUAGUAUAGCCGAUCUUUUUCUUAAUUAAACAGAAAUAAAAUGAAGUUGACUGUUGACGGGCUACUUGUUUAUUUCCCUUACGAUUAUAUUUAUCCUGAACAAUAUGCAUACAUGCUGGAAUUGAAAAGGGCUCUUGAUGCUAAGGGUCAUGGACUAUUGGAGAUGCCUUCGGGAACUGGAAAAACUAUAUCACUUUUAUCACUAAUUGUUGCUUAUAUGAUACACAAUCCACAUCAUGUCAGAAAACUAAUCUAUUGCUCUCGUACCGUCCCUGAAAUAGAAAAAGUUUUAGAGGAAUUAAAAAAUCUCAUAAAAUACUAUGAAAAAUGUCAAGGAGAGACACCCAAUAUCACUGGACUUGUUUUGAGUUCAAGAAAAAAUCUCUGCAUACAUCCAGAUGUCUCUCGGGAGAGAGAGGGAAAAUUGGUGGAUGGUAAAUGUCAUUCUCUGACUGCGAGCUAUAUCCGCGAGAGACAUGAGAUGGAUGACUCUAUUCCUAUUUGUCAGUUCUAUGAAGGGUUCAAUCGAGAAGGCAAGGAGUCAAUGUUGCCCUAUGGUGUGUACACAAUGGAUGAUCUUAAACAAUAUGGGGCAGAUAGAAAUUGGUGUCCAUAUUUCCUUUCCAGAUUUGCUAUAAUACAUGCAGAAAUUGUGGUAUAUUCAUAUCAUUACCUCCUCGAUCCGAAAAUAGCAGAAGUAGUGUCGAAAGAAUUGAAUAAGGAAGCAGUCGUGGUGUUUGACGAGGCUCACAAUAUUGACAACGUUUGUAUAGAUUCGCUCAGUGUGAAGAUCACGAGACGGACCAUAGACAAGAGUACACAAGCGUUACAAACGUUGGAAAAGGCUGUGGCUGAACUAAAACAAGAGGACGCGUCUCGUCUGACGGCGGAGUACGAGCAGAUGGUGGAGGGGCUGCGGGAAGCGGCCGUGGCCAGGGACACCGACCUCAUACUCGCCAACCCCAUCCUACCGGACGAGGUGCUCGACGAGGUGGUCCCGGGCAACAUCCGCAACGCGGAGCACUUCCUGGGCUUCCUGAAGCGCUUCAUCGAGUACCUGAAGAUGCGGCUGCGCACGCAGCACGUGGUGCAGGAGUCCCCGGCCGGGCUGCUCAAGGACCUGUCGGCGCGCGUGUGCCUGGAGCGCAAGCCGCUGCGCUUCUGCGCCGCGCGGCUGCAGGCGCUGCUGCGCACGCUGCAGGUCGCCGACCCCGCCGCCUUCGGCGCGCUCACGCUCGUGGCGCACCUGGCCACGCUGGCCGCCACCUACACGCGGGGCUUCGUCGUCAUCGUGGAGCCCUACGACGACCGCCACACGCUGUCCAACCCCGUGCUGCACUUCUCAUGCAUGGAUUCGUCGAUAGCGAUGAGACCAGUGUUCGCGAGGUUCCAGUCCGUCAUCAUCACUUCCGGUACAUUGUCUCCACUGGACAUGUAUCCCAAGAUCCUGGACUUUAACCCGGUCAUCAUGAGCUCCUUCACCAUGACCUUGGCACGGCCUUGUAUACUGCCCAUGAUUGUGUCAAAAGGCAGCGAUCAGGUGGCCAUAUCGUCCAAAUACGAAUCGAGAGAGGACGUUGCCGUUAUAAGAAACUACGGUCAGCUACUGGUCGAGAUUUCGUCGUGUGUGCCGGACGGCGUCGUGUGCUUCUUCACGUCCUACAUGUACCUGGAGAGCGUGGUGGGAGCUUGGUACGAUCAGGGAGUGGUGGCGAGUCUGCAGCGACACAAGCUGCUGUUCAUAGAGACGCAAGACUCGGCAGAGACAAGUUUUGCGUUGAUCAAUUACAUCAAGGCGUGCGAGUCGGGGCGCGGCGGCGUGCUGCUGUCGGUGGCGCGCGGGAAGGUGUCGGAGGGCGUGGACUUCGACCACCACCUCGGCCGCGCCGUGCUCAUGUUCGGCAUCCCCUACGUGUUCACGCAGAGCCGCAUCCUCAAGGCGCGCCUCGACUACCUGCGCGACCAGUUCCAGAUCCGCGAGAACGACUUCCUCACCUUCGACGCCAUGCGCCACGCCGCGCAGUGCGUGGGCCGCGUGCUGCGGGGGAAGACCGACUACGGUAUAAUGAUUUUCGCGGACAAGCGCUUCAGCCGCGCCGAUAAGCGCAGCAAGCUGCCGCGCUGGAUACAGGAACAUCUGCGGGACUCGCUCUGCAAUCUGAGCACUGAGGAGGCCGUCCAGAUAAGCAAACGCUGGCUGCGGCAGAUGGCACAGCCUUUCACUCGCGAGGAUCAGCUCGGCGUUUCGCUGCUCACGCUGCAGCAGCUGCAGUCGCAGGAGCAGCAGGACAAGAUUGAGAAACAAGUCAUUCAGAAGUGAGCUGCUGAUAGUAGCGUCAACAAAACAUUGGAAGUCAAGGCGUUUGAGUAUUACAAAGUUUACCUACUUUUGUGCUGUCCAUAGAGGUAGAUGAUGGGAAAAGAUAGAUUUAAGUGUGAUACUAACGAAUAUUACCUGAAGAACAGCUUAAGGCAAGGGUGGAGAAAGAACUUGUCUCCUUUCACUUUGUCUCCUAUUAAACUGAUAUUCAUUACACAUACAUUUAUAUAACAUGGAUGUGAUGACUCAUUAAAAGAAGCAGCGGGACUGACCCAUAUUGUUUCAAAUAAAUGAUAUAUUAAUGAAGUUUGUAAAUAAUACAUAGAAAUAGAAACAAGUGGCUAACGAUGAUAAGAUUUGACAAAUAAAAUGCAUUUUGUAAUUAAA